GCUCGUAAGUGGUUUUUAUGUCAGGCAAUAAAGUUCGUCUGCGACUGUGUUUGACUGGUGAUAAAAUUACGUAGAGAGAGAGAAAGGAAAAAAUCAACGUGCUAAGGUGACGUUUCGCACUCUUUACAUAUGUACGGCCCCUCACUUAAUCCGAUCCAUCAGCAUGCAUUCAGUUGUACUAGGGUAGCCAUGUGACUGCUCCGGUAAAUGAACCCAAUACCUUGAUGUUGUAUCUCUAAGGAAAAAAACACUAUUGUCUUAUAUCUUAAAAGGUGUGUGAAUAUUGUGUUCAACUUUAGCAGUUCAUCAGAAAAUAACAAACAGUAAAGUUUUUGCUACGAACAAGAGCGCUCCUUACUGUGUGAUGGCGACUUCUUCAGAGGAAGUAUGCAAAGCGUCAUUUUAUCAGGAAGAUGAUGUUCAGGAGAUUUCAGCGCAGCUUCAUGAUCAGGCGGAUAAUGCAAGUUUGUUGCGGAGACGUCGGACAAGUUAUUCUGGGAAAAGGGAAAUCCUUGGAAGUCUCAAGCUCAUUUCACAGAAAUAUGAGAGUCUGGACUACGAUCCGUGCGAAAGUCAGCUUUUCAUCGAAGAACAUCACCGUAUUAACAAAAACAACAGCUUUCGUUCAACGUGGAUUGAGCUUCAACGUUGGCUAGUCAUACUUGUCAUCGGAGUGUUAACGGCUUUUACAGCUAUUUUUAUCGAUGUCUCGAUCGAAGAGCUUUCGUCGAUAAAAUUCGGCAUUAUUCAGAAGCUCAUGAACAGAUGUGUACACGACAACUGUCUCGUGCAACCCUACCUGGCUUGGAUUAUGGCAAAUGCUUUGCCUGUUCUCAUUGGUUCAUUACUGGUUACGUUCAUUUCACCCGUCGCUGCUGGGAGCGGAAUUCCCGUCAUCAAAUGCUACCUCAAUGGGGUCAAAAUACCUGAAAUGGUCAGGAUAAAAACCCUAAUAGUUAAAUCGGUCGGUGUAAUACUCAGCGUGGUUGGAGGGCUCGCUGUGGGUAAAGAGGGACCGAUGGUUCAUUGCGGAGCCGUCAUUGCGGCGGGUAUUAGCCAAGGAAAGAGUAGCACGCUCAAACGAGAUUUCAAAAUAUUUCACGAGUUCCGACAGGACCACGAAAAGCGAGACUUCGUUUCAGCCGGAGCUGCUGCGGGUGUCGCUGCUGCUUUCGGCGCUCCUGUUGGCGGUGUGCUGUUCGCAUUAGAAGAAGGUGCAUCGUUUUGGAAUCAGGCCCUCACGUGGAAAAUAUUCUUUUGUUCGACUGUAAGCGCAUUCACUUUAUCCUUCUGCCUGUCUUUGUAUCAUGGCGAACCGGGCGUGCUGUCUAGUGCUGGCUUGCUUAAUUUUGGUUCGUUUGGAAGCUCUGUCCACUGGGAGAUUAUAGAAAUUCCAUUGUACAUGUUUAUGGGUGCAAUCGGCGGUGUUUUAGGGGCUUUCUACAAUUAUCUCAACUACAGGCUUUCCGUAUUUCGCGCUCAGUUCAUUCAUCGUAAACCAAUGAAGGUUGUGGAAGGUGUUUUGGUUGCCGUUAUAACCGCAACUGUUGCAUUUUUCCUCAUCGAGCUCAUCGAUGAUUGCUCAGCUCAACAGGAUGAGAAGCACACUGACAACUCUUUACAGUUCCAUUGUAAGGAUGGAAAAUACUCGGUAAUCGGUCAAUUAUGGUUCCAGACUCCAGAAAAAUCUGUGCGGUCAUUGUUCCACAUGCCUGAGGGAACCUGGUCCGCUUCUACGCUUUCGAUAUUCUUCGUUGUUUAUUUCAUUAUCAACUGCUGGACGUACGGACUCAGCGUUUCGUCGGGCGUAUUCAUUCCGACCCUGUUAAUGGGUGCCGUUUUCGGCCGGUUGUUCGGGAUAGCCACUAAAACUCUUGUAAGCCAUUUCGAUUACAAGUGGGACGUGGAGCCAGGCAAGUUUGCCCUGAUAGGGGCUGCCGCCACUCUAGGCGGUGUUGUUCGAAUGACGCUCUCGUUGUCGGUUAUUCUCAUCGAGGCAACCCGAGACAUUACCUUUUGCAUGCCAAUUGUCAUUACCCUCAUUGUCGCCAAAUGGGUUGGAGAUUAUCUCUUCGAAGGAUUGUACGAUUUCCAUUUUCAGUUGUCUCGAGUACCAUUUCUAAACUGGGAAGCGCCCAAGGAAGGACAUCACAUUUAUGCCAGCGAGAUUAUGGCCUUUCCUGUAGUCACACUGCCGACAGUAGUAAAAGUGGGUGAUCUGAUGGAUAUUCUUUCAAAAACCACUCACAACGGAUUCCCUGUCACUGACGGUGUUGACCCUGAGACGUUAUACCGAGGCGGUGGCAAGUUCGAAGAAGCAAAAGGCUUCAACGAAGUCGGUGUAUCAGGAAUCGAUGGCACAUCUAGACCAAAACACUUCGGUCGCUUCCGGGGUCUCAUUCUUCGUGAUCAGUUGAUUGUGUUGCUUCAGAAUAAGAUCUUCAAUGAAAUGGUCGAUGUGAUCUGGACUCGAAUGGGUAGUCGAGACUUCCGUGAGCCGUAUCCGAGAUACUCAAGUGUAAACCAAGUGCACGUGUCCUUAGCAGAAAGGGAAUUCCACAUUGACUUACGACCAUUCAUGAACUUCUCUGCAUAUAGCAUAUCACAUAAUUCCUCUCUCUACCGCAUUCACAAACUGUUUCGUGCAUUAGGUUUACGCCACUUAACGGUUGUGAAUGAUCAAAAUGAGGUUGUAGGGAUGAUCACACGGAAAGACCUCGCUGUUUUUCGGAGUCAUUCUCGUUUCGGUAAAACAACCCUCGAACUUUUGCACAUAUCGCAUGGUUAACCAAGGUAGCCUCAAAGCCUGGUCAUCAGAUGUGGAUACGAUGCUUACUGCACGUUUCAGCCAUAACGUAUUUUGAAAGCAUUGCGUGUAUUACUGAAUAUCCAAACAUGACCUUUAUAAACCCAAUAUCAGCCUCAUACAUGACAUCAUUAUGUUAUGUUGGAUUAUAUGACGUCUCUACUACUCUCAAUUAUGCGAUUUCUACUAGUUAGGGCCAUUUAGACGGAUUCGCUGUUUCAACACUGUGAGGAAUUAAGGAAUAUCGGAUAUUCUAGUGUAAGGUAAAUUUGUAAUUUCAGAACAGCUAAGCAGAGAUUUCCAGGAGCAGUUAUAAUAAUAUACUGGUGUUUAUGAUGUGGCAAGUGAUCAAUUUACCGUUUUGCUCGAAAACGUUAUAUGCGUUUGUACAGUGUACCGAUGACAAUGAUGGCAGAUCGAAUAUUUUUAUCCAUGGAACGACGUAGUAGUCGUCGUCAUUUUCUUUCUAAGAUAAAACCCUUUAAAACCAAUAUUUUGCACAAUAGGAAAAUAAUGUUACUAUCAACAGAAAAUACUAAUAUUGUUGAAACUCAUGUUUUAAGUCUGUUUUUCAUUACUGUUAUCGCCAAAGUUGUGUAUUAUACAGUUGUUGUCUCUAGUAGUCCUGACUCCGUAGCUGUACUAUAUUACAACCGAGGUCCGGUUUUAACGCGAUGCAAAAUAAGGCUGAAGAUUUGGAGAAUUGUAUAUUUUUUUAAACAUUUACUAACGUGUAUAAAACCUGGUGAAAUAUAAUGUACUCCAGAAAGCAUAACUCUGAAGUAAAUGAGCGAAUGUUGAUGGUCUCGCUUGAUCUUAAAGUGAGGCAAUGCUUGCAUAAUAUUUAUAGAUUUAUUAUUACUGUCAUCAGUAAUGACGUUGUUUCAGAGUCACAGCUAUGCGUAUACGUAUUAAAUUGGCGCAUAAUUAACCACCGUUUGCUUGCUCUAAAAAGUUAUUAUUAUAGUUUUGUCUAGAUUACAAGACGUUUUGCUUUCCAUUCGGAAUUCAAAAAUGGGUAUGUUCAGUGGCAAAAACAGCAUCCUUGACGCUCGUUAUCAGCCUUAUCCUAAAAGGAAAAAUGUUUAAAUAGUACUGGGUAGUAUCCUAUACAUUCGGAUUAUAUAGGAUUUUGUAGCUGUGAAUAUAGCUUAAAAGUGGCUUGGCUAGCUGGAAAGCGGUAUUUUCUACCCACAGAAGGGAGGUCACUUUGGGUUUUAUCGAUGAUCACUAUAAAUCACAGUUGAAAAAAGAAAAAGAUUAGAUGAAACAAGAUUAAAGCAAGGGCGCCAUUUUAGGAUGUUUACGAAAUGAUAACAAUAAAAAACAUCUUUGACCUCCGCAUAACAUUCAAUUAUUGGUAAAAAAAAUACUAGAAAAACAAAG